AUGGCGAAGCGCCGAUCGAAGAAGAAUGUGGAGGUAGAGACGCCAAGCAAACUGGCUCCGUUGGCCGACACGACAAAUUUGCCGGUCCUCUCCCCUGCUUUCUCGCCUGCUUUUGCCUCUCCGCCUCCCAAGAGAGGCCUUCUAUCACUUACAACCCCAAACUUCAGAAAGGAAGCCCUUUUCAAGUCCCCUGCCAAACAAACGCAAACUCUUGUACAGACCAAAUCUGUGGCCACUCAAACGGACCCAAUUGCAAGCCUUGGCUUUGAAAAUGAGAUUCUUGCGAAGAGCCCAAGCCAACAACUGCAGCAACAAGCAUUCGACACACUAUCUGCACUACAUUUCCAGCAAAAGGACAAGGACUAUGUCCGUCUAUCGGUCCGACACGGCCAACAAACUUAUUUGAAAGUUCCGAACACUCGCGUGCGAGCAACAAAGAAUUCCAGUCAGCAGGCCAACAAAAAGCUCAACAAGCACUCCACUCUCGUAUUUGGACUCCUUCAACGUCUAUUUGGAGGCAAUUUGCAGCAGAUUUUGCCCUCAGUUUUAACCAGAAUUGGCAGGCAGUUUCGGUUGGCUGUCCUUCCUAUUCACGAAUGUGGAUUGACGAUUGUUCAGGCAGUUGCCCUGCGAGACCAUGUACCAACAUCCACACGAGGCCUCGAAAGGCUUGCAAAUGCCCUCCAUGACUGUGCUCCGUUUCUUGGUAAUCUCCUUUUUCCGAAGCAAUUGAGGAGUCGCAUUUCCGAUUUCGAAAAGUGCACUCUUGACAUCGAGUUAUCGUUUGAAAUGAUAUCAUUGGAAAUGAAUGGAGAAGGGAAAAUGAAACCAUGCGUCCAUGCAUGGGUGUCUAAUCCUCCUGUUGUCCUUGAAGGUCUCACUCGCAGUGCACUUGUUGCCGAAAAGUUUCAGCAAUCGCACUUGCUGUCAGCACACAAAGCUGAGAUUCUUGUGGUUCAAGGAUGUGAUAAGGGAGGCAAUUUGACUCUCAGCUUGAUGCGCAUUGCUAAUAGAUUGGAUGGGAAUGCUCCGGACUUUUGCUUCCCCCUUGCUUUCUACGAAGAUGGGCGAGAAUCCUAUGGCAACUUGGCAAGAACCAUCUACGAGAGCAAAAUGCCGUCGACCAAACCGGUUCAACCCUUUCUCCAACAGCUGCUCAAUGGCAAAUUUUACAUGCUUGUUGUUUCUGCCAGUCGCAACAAUGAUAUUGUUGAUGCGCAAUGCUUGGCUGUUGAAUUUGUCGGAUAUUCAGUGUAUGAGAAGAGCUUGGCCACCGUUAACGAUUCUUGCUGCCGCCUGCUUCCGGACGCUGACUACAGAGAACUAUCGGUCUCAGUCGAACAGGCAAAAGCUCGACGGCAGCCAACAAUGGUAACUCUGAACAAGGUUCAAAACUGUGCUUUGGCAGUGCGACUUGUGUUGUCGAAUGCCGCGGACAAAGAAAGUCUCUCAGAGGGGACGCCAUAUUCGGGCAUCCUUUUGUAUCAAUGUUUGGGGGCUCGGACUCUUAUCAGUCGGCUCCGAUUUACGUCAGCUCUCUUUGUUCCUUGCGGUGCGGAAGUUCAGGUUCGUUGUUAUGGCUGCCGGCCAUUCACUGCAGACGAUUUGAAGCUCAACAUUGCCGUGUCUGGGCAAGGCACUGCUUCAAGCAAAUACCCGUGUCCUAUCUGCGUUGCUUCCAAAAAUCAGUUCAACCAAUGCAUACACGGUCUCGUUGCAGCUCCACUUCGAGUUGGAGAUAACAACAACAACAAGCUAUACUCGAAGUUCUUGGAAGUGGCAGGUGGCAGAGCAACGAAAAUUGCCACGGACUCAUCGGCCGCAUCAAUGGAAAUCAAGGAUAAGGCAAAGAGUGUUGUUAAUCAACCUUUGCUUCUAACACCACCCUCACAGAACACAGCUGGAUCGAUGCAUGUUUGUCAGGGAAUUAUGACGCAUCUUACGAGGCGAACAUUUGAUCUCCUCCGAGCGAUCGAUCGCAAGGCUGCUUGGUACAAAGGAUUGAAAGAAGCCGUCAAACAAGCAAGCAACACUACUGACAUCAAAGAAAUGAUACGAGAAAUGCACCAAAAAGAUCGAGCCAUUUACAAGCAACUGCAGUCGGCAAAAAGGUGGCCGAAUGUACCUUCUCAAGUGGAGCGAGCUGCUAUCCUGUUAGCCAAGCGAGAACAACAUACUAUUCAGUCUGGAAUGGCUGCCUGGGUGGCCGUGGAAAAAGCGGCAGUGGAGCUCUCUUCUGCGGGACAAAAAUUCAUCAAGGACUCUGGAGCAAAGCCAGAGGGUGAGGCAAGUUUUUUGCUUUAUCAGUCGUUUUGUGUUGAUGGUGGUGUUAGGUUCAAUGUUGAACACUCUGGCCUUGAGCUGACCAACGCCAAUGGUAUCAAGGUCCUCUCCAAGUAUGAAACUAUUGCCAACCGCGUGGAACAAGCUUACAGCCACAGGGAUGAGACAUGUCUUCAGGCUGAAGUGAAGGCGGUGAUGAAGAUGUGGCGUUGUCUUGCAAAGAUCUUGCAUGAGCUGUCGGCUACCCUGAAGCGACAAUCAAAGUUAUCGGUGGAAGAAAUCGAUCGCCUCAAGAAGAUCGCCAUUGAGUAUGGACAACAGUGGACGUCCAUGAUUCCAGGAAAAGACAAUGUGUUCAACAAGCUUCACACCCUGAUUGCACACUUGACGUGCUUUGCCGAGAGGCAUGAAACAAUUGGGUUGGUUAAUGAGGAAAGCUUUGAAGCAACUCAUCCAAGGGCACAAACGAUCAGCAAUCAUGUCAAGAGCAUGGUGUCAACAGAAGGGAAAGUGCAGAAAACUGUUCAACGAUUCUCUCUGGGUCUUAACAGCGACUAUCAAACAACAAGAACAGCACUUCGGGAUGACCGAAAGACCGGGCCACGAAAGUUGAAGGAUGGCAGCAAGUAUAAAGUUUCCAACCGUACCCGAAAACACGACGUUGCACCGAUCCACGAUCCUUCUCUCACGGGCUCUCUGCCGAUACCUUCGGAGCUGAUUCGUGUUGAUAUAGACCAAGCUGUGGUCAAGAAAGAAUGGCACGAUUACUACAAUUACCUUGUUUGUGGAAGAGUUCCAUCUGCUUGGAGGAGAGCUUUUGGAGAAGACGAUGAGAUUGGCAACGUUUUUAAAGUCAAGUCAGAAUUUGUCUAG